CUGAACGCCCGCAGCCUUGGCGCCUAUUUAAGGGUAGCCUGGCCGGACGCAGGGAGAGGACACCAAUCACGUUCACAACAACGAUCAGUGUGAUUUUCGCUGUCAAAUGAACCAUAUAGAAAGUGGACAUAGCACACGGGGGCCUACUGUCCGGAUAGAGCAUGUGCAUGGAGGGGAUAAAUCCCCUUGUCUCCAAGAUGACGCCCGGUGGAUGCACGGUACGUACUCUCUGUUUGUACCACGACGUCGACUCCUGCACACAAAGCACACAAUAAUAAUGUUACAUGUGUGUCACCGCUAUCUCACCCCACUCGCUGUCGGGCUAUGCGUUAUGCAAUGCCUUGUACGAUCUUCAACAUCCGCCGUCGCCAUUCAAUAAUAAUGACCCUAGCCCUUCGGAGCAAAUAAGAAAUCUUGCCCAGGGUUGCCGUUUUCGUGCGACUUCUCCCGUCGCAGGUGCAAUCACAACCCAUCAUCUGUGGGUAGGAUAGGCAGAUCUAAUUGCUCAUCCGUCCUUGGGAUCUGUCCUCCGUUCCACUCUCUCGCGAUGGGCAGGUUGAGCAUGUCAACCAAUCCGGAAUCAUUCUUCAUUUACCUUUUCCCCUCUGAGCUCUGAGGCCAUCAUCUGCAUGUUUAGCACACGGCAAUUGAUGCGUCAGGUCUCUCUAUCAGGUUUCACGUCAAUUCAUCGACAUGAGUUGCUAUAAGAGAGGGGGUGGGGGCUUUGAAGAUGCGGUGAAGGAAAAUCGUGGGUGGUUUGUUUGGUCCUCGAACUCGUGCGUUAUUCAUCUCUGCUUCGUUGCUCCCGCCGUACCUAUACGUUCAUGAAAAUAAAGGGUGAAAAAUGAAUAAAAAAUAUUGAGAUAUGAAACCACGGUUGAUCGUGAUUUCGUUCGGAUUAACAAUAUAAAGACAGCAUAAGUUCAGAAGAAAAGAAGCUAGGACAACUGCACCUUGAUUAUCAGACUGAUACAGGAAGCUCAAAGGGCCAUCUCAACUCCCGUUUGGAAUCAAAAUUUCACCCCUGAAAUAUCAAUAUAUUGCACAGCGAUCCUGGAACUUGUGUUAAUUUUGCAAAUAAGUUAAAGCUCAAAUUUGCAAAACUUCAGCGUUAAGCAGCUUUUGUAACCUUCAGCGCACCAAGCCCCCCAAACUUGGUAGGGUUCAACGUUCAAGAAGGGACUGGGCUCGUCUAUUUGUCGCCAGAUGUAUGCUAGUGAUAGCAAACCAGGCUUAAUACACUAGUUACCCCAGAUUCUAGCACGCCAGGGCCCAAAGGAGAGCGAAUUUGUGGGGAAGCUUUGUGGAUCCGGAAUAGGCUUGCACGAAGCCAUGUCACCAUGUGGCAUUUUGAAGCCUUCCUCCAAGAGCUGUGGCUUUGGCUCAAGAACUUUACUAAAGACCUCCCGGGAACCCCUUUUUUUUACAAUUUGGCUCCCUCGAGUGAAAAAGGAAAUAGCUAUAUGACUUUUGGCCCGUGGGGGAUUGGGAGGGGGCUUUCUUGUAUUGCAUAUGUGCACGUACACUACGAUGCUCACAAAUCCUGGGAUUGUAAUGAUGAUCAUGCACAUCGAGGGGAGAAAACAAAUUCCUCAUGCGUCUGUCUGUGUCAUUCGCUCCUCGUUUCGGCUUUCACUGCCCAUCAUCACUGGACUGGCCACAGUUUCACCGAGAUCCUAGCACUGCUCAGCAGCUGAAGGAUGAAACGGGUAUUUUACCUUUUACCUUUUUAUGCAACCCAUGGACGUAACUAGUUACGCAGUAUACCAGAACCCUAAUUUGGUUUGGGUCGACCAUGCGAAAAAGGGGAAAUCAAUCCAGAUUAACAUUGACACAAGUAUAAAAAGUCUUGAACAAAAUCACAUGUAUGCCCGGAACAAUUAAAAACUAAAAACACCAAAAUAAUAUCCCAGAAUUGACAUUCUGAUCCUGGAAACUCCGUGAAAAAGUGAGACCGUCUCAGUCCCGACUUUGAGGUAUUUGCUCCGAUACUAACAUGCCAACGACGACGAUGAUGAUCAUGAUGGUGUUGGGGAAAGACUUUUUGGAACUUACUUAACCAUUAUUGUAUGUAGGUAGUUUUGUAUUAUGUUAAUUUUUUAUCCGAUAUAGGAGCUUCAUGAAACAGGUCUCAAUGUAAUCUCGUCUGUUUGUUGAAAUAGAUAGAUGGAAUGGAUGGAUUGAGCUCCAGCUUAUGGGAUUUGGGGGAAAUUUCUACGCUUUUUAUUCAAAUUGAUCGCGAGCAAUCAAUCAUAUAUGGUAUAGACAUCACACGGCGUAGCAGCUUCUUAU